CUGCUUUCCCAGCAGGCCAGGUUGACAUUCAGUGCUACAAGACAGAUGGCUCUGUAUUGGUUUCUUUGGGCUGCUAUAACGAGGUACCACAAACUGGGUGGCUUCAAACAACAGAAAUUUAUUGUCUUGUAGUUCUGAAGACUCUAAGUCCCCAGUCAAGGUGAUUAUCCCCAAUCAAAUCAAGCAGAGCCAUGCUUCCACUGAGACUCCAGGUGGUUUUAACCAAGAGAGCAGAUCCAGCUGAGCUUAGAACAAUAUUUUUGAAGUAUGCAAGCAUUGAAAAAAAUGGUGAGUUUUUCAUGUCUCCCAAUGACUUUGUCACUCGAUAUUUGAACAUUUUUGGAGAAAGCCAGCCUAAUCCAAAGACUGUGGAGCUUUUAAGUGGUGUAGUGGAUCAGACCAAAGAUGGAUUAAUAUCCUUUCAAGAGUUUGUAGCAUUUGAAUCUGUCCUAUGUGCCCCGGAUGCUUUGUUCAUGGUGGCCUUUCAACUGUUUGACAAAACUGGCAAAGGAGAAGUUACUUUUGAGGACGUUAAACAAGUUUUUGGACAGACCACAAUUCAUCAGCAUAUUCCAUUUAACUGGGAUUCAGAAUUUGUGCAACUACAUUUUGGAAAAGAAAGAAAAAGACACCUCACAUAUGCAGAAUUCACUCAGUUUUUACUGGAAAUACAACUGGAGCAUGCAAAGCAAGCCUUUGUGCAAAGGGACAAUGCCAGGACCGGAAAAGUUACAGCCAUUGACUUCCGAGACAUCAUGGUCACCAUCCGCCCCCAUGUCUUGACUCCUUUUGUAGAAGAAUGUCUAGUAGCUGCUGCUGGAGGUACUACAUCCCAUCAAGUUAGUUUCUCCUAUUUUAAUGGAUUUAAUUCACUCCUUAACAACAUGGAACUCAUUAGAAAGAUCUACAGCACUCUGGCUGGCAACAGGAAAGAUGUAGAGGUGACUAAGGAGGAGUUUGUUCUGGCAGCUCAGAAAUUUGGUCAGGUUACACCCAUGGAAGUUGACAUCUUGUUUCAGUUAGCAGAUUUAUAUGAGCCACGGGGACGUAUGACCUUAGCAGACAUUGAACGAAUUGCUCCACUGGAAGAGGGAACUCUGCCCUUCAACUUGGCUGAGGCCCAGAGGCAGAAGAAGGCCUCAGUGGACUCCUCUCGACCGGUUCUCCUGCAGGUUGCGGAGUCGGCCUACAGGUUUGGGCUGGGUUCCAUUGCUGGAGCUGUUGGAGCCACUGCCGUGUAUCCUAUCGAUCUCGUAAAAACUCGCAUGCAGAACCAACGAUCAACUGGCUCUUUUGUGGGAGAACUUAUGUAUAAAAACAGCUUUGACUGUUUUAAGAAAGUGCUACGCUACGAAGGCUUCUUUGGACUGUACAGAGGUCUGUUGCCACAGUUACUGGGAGUUGCCCCAGAGAAGGCCAUAAAACUUACAGUGAAUGAUUUUGUGAGGGAUAAAUUUAUGAGCAAAGAUGGUUCGGUCCCACUUGCAGCAGAAAUUCUUGCUGGCGGCUGUGCAGGAGGCUCCCAGGUGAUUUUCACGAAUCCUUUGGAAAUCGUCAAGAUCCGUUUGCAGGUAGCUGGAGAGAUCACCACUGGUCCCCGAGUCAGUGCCCUGUCUGUCGUAAGGGACCUGGGGUUCUUUGGGAUCUACAAGGGCGCCAAAGCAUGCUUUCUGCGGGACAUUCCUUUUUCGGCCAUCUACUUCCCGUGCUAUGCUCAUGUGAAGGCUUCCUUUGCAAGUGAAAGUGGGCAGAUUAGCCCCGGAAGCCUGCUCUUGGCCGGUGCCAUAGCUGGUAUGCCCGCGGCAUCCUUAGUGACCCCUGCUGAUGUUAUCAAGACGCGAUUACAGGUGGCUGCCCGGGCUGGCCAAACCACUUACAGCGGAGUGAUGGACUGCUUCAGGAAAAUACUGCGGGAAGAAGGCCCCAGAGCUCUGUGGAAAGGAGCUGGUGCUCGUGUGUUUCGAUCCUCCCCCCAAUUUGGUGUAACUUUGCUGACAUAUGAAUUGCUACAGCGAUGGUUCUACGUUGACUUUGGAGGCGUGAAACCCAUGGGAUCAGAACCAGUUCCUAAAUCCAGGAUCAUACUGCCUGCUCCCAAUCCUGAUCAUGUUGGAGGCUACAGACUGGCAGUUGCGACAUUUGCAGGGAUUGAAAACAAAUUUGGACUUUACCUACCUCUCUUCAAGCCACCAGCUUCUCCCUCAGCAGUGAUCAGCUCAGGCCCGUAG